UUUCUCAAAUUUAGAAUUGUAUGGAGAGAAGCGUAUUCAGUUGCUUCUAAAACAUCUAAAUUCUUGGUUAUUUGCACAGGUUAUUUAGUACUAGUUAGUUUAUUAAGAAGGGAUCUGUUGUUAAAGUAUCACGUAUUUGGAAAAUUACUUGUUUCUAUAUUGAAAUCUCAGUUUGAUUCAUCUUCAUCACUGUCGGCAGAAGUUCAAAGUGAUGCUUCAAUUUCAUGCUUGUUUUUCUUCUUUAUAGAAUUCUUAACAGUUUUGUGAUUGUUGAAUCCAUAUCUUCUAAGCCUCACAAGUUUAUUCGAGAGCAAUUCACUUGAUGAUAGUCUGCUAUUUAGAGUCACAUACUCAGCUAAGACUCUCUCAACCUUCUUCGAUACCUAUAGCAACAAAAUGUUAAAUUAUUGAAAUUUUUUAAAAGAACAGGUCGGACAAAUUCGAACGUAUUUAUAUUAUUGAAAAGUUCUGGACUGCAUCGCUUCAUUUACUAAGUAUACAUAUGUGAACUUACCAACUCGCUGUCAGCCUUAUUUCUAUCCUCAUCUAACACUCUGACAAAGUCUUGCUUGUCAUUAGGAGUUGUAUUGAACAUAUUUAGGUGAAACUCUGACUUUUCCUUAAUAACCUUCUUUACUACCUUAUUUUGUGAAAUAAGUAAGGCUUUGUGGGAUCUUUCUUUAAAGGAGCAUUCUUUAGCUCUAAAACUUGCAUAGGUCAGGUCUAAGCUGUUGAGGGUGCCUCAAACCGUCCUUUCACGAUGUACUCUGUGCUCUCAAUAGUGUCUAGAAUCAGCUACAUACAUUUCUUUUGAUUUCCUG